AUGACAAGAUUAAGGCUUGCCCGUAAUUCAUCCCUCAAGAGGUGUAUCUUUGAAGAGAAGAUGCUUUCCAGGGGGAACCACGUCAAAGAUGACUUCCAAGAUGAAUUUAGGGAAGCUUGCUCUAACAAGCGAACCCCCUCGUCGUCUAGUUCGUCCGGGAGGACACCAGGCAAUCGAGCAAGAGGCCAGCCUGGUGCUGCGCCACGUGGUAAAAACGAACUGGCAUCAGCUUCAUCACAAGACUCAUCGUCGCAAGCGUCUAGUCAACGAACAGGAGAUGCAAAUGCAUCUUCUUCGAGUAUAAACUCCUCAAAGAACAGUUCCUCAAGCAGUGGCGACGCUCGAACAAGGGAAAGCAGAACGGCAAGUAGCAAGUCUUCUUCUGGCGGCGCAUCGUCAACAGCGCAAGCAGAUGACCAAAGGCAUAAUAGACGAGACAGGCCACGACCUAGGACUCACGAUGACGUGGAAGAGCUUGAGCCAUCAAGCGCGUACAGUCCUUCCAGUGAUGAAAAUGAGGAGGAAGACCAAGGAGGCGGGAGUAGUCCGUCGUCUGGUGACUCAGGGAGUAAUGCAGGAGACGCAUUAGAUCCUGGGGACGCGGAUGAAGCAAUGUCAUCGGACGAGGAAGAAGGCGUGCGCGAAAGGAGAGGUGACCAGGCUGCGGUAGUGCAGAACGACGGAGCAGCUGGGCCACCAGGAGCUGCAGCAGUACCUGCGCAAGAUGGAGGAGGCGGGAAUAAUGGUGCGGCACAACGCGCAGCACCAGCUGCUCCUGCUGCUCGGAACGGCGUACCACCUGGGCAAGACCCGAACCAGCAUAGCACAGCACAGAUGUUCGGCGAUUUUCCGCAUGAAAGCGCAAUAGUCAUGCGAAGAGGGAUCGAGCUCGGCGUCAUUUGCUCCUAUGUACUCGUCGCGCAUUGCAUAGUAAUAACCAUCCAGUACUGGGAUUCAGAGGUGGAAAUGGACACGCUCUUACGCGCGUUGGCGGUAUUUACUACUAACAAAAACAAUUAUUAUCUCCCUUAUACUAGAACAACAGGAAUACAUAGUUAGAAGUCUCUCUGCUCUUCCUCACGCCUAGAGUUGGUUUAAAUCCACUUCUUUCUAUGUUUCUAUCGUUUGUCUUCAGCUACAACAUGUAUAGUCUUUCUUGAGCAGACUCCUGUUCUGUCUCCGAUCGAUCGGAGCAACACGAAAACCGAGGAGCUAUUCAUAGAAAAGUAUACAUAGACAAGCAAAAACUGUUGAACAACAGAUUCUCCGGAUUAUCUGUGCCAUGCCGCGACCGUAUUAUUGGUUUCACACCAGGGCACAGUUUGUCGAGUCUCGAUAUCAACCGACGCCACAGCUAGUCACGCGACGGUUGCUGCAGAUUUACAACAAGCAAAGCAUAGUCGAGAAGGUUUUCUUCGCCUUCUACUAUGCCUGGCUUCUUGGCGUCGCGAUAAUAACGUUACUUGUGCCAACGACGCCAGCAGUUGGCUACUCUGCAGCACUUUGGAGGUACUUUUUGUUCGCUUUUUCUUGUGCAAGGAAGAGGAAUAGACAUGCAUAUGUUUGCCGCUCUUGGCUUACUCUUCGUCCCUCUCCCUCAUAAAACCAAUGCAUCAUCGAUCGACUAACACUAAGGAUCACUUACAUCUGAACUACCCCUACCGAGGACCUGUCUAUUAUAUAUCCGGGUCAUAAGUGAAAACAAGAAGAGAACCCUUGUGAUCAAAUUCAGGUUACCAAAUACCAGAACCAUACACUCUGACAAUCAGGCACUGCGUGCUGAACAUGAUUUCUCUGAUCGUGCACCGGUUGCUGUGCGUGAGUCUGUUUUACUAUGUUAUGCACUCGGACUUGAUGCGCGGAAUACCCAAGGACAUCGUCGACAAAUACACCACCAAGUAUUAUUGUUAAGGCUACUUGGGAAAAAUCAUAAGCAUAACCAUCUUCCCCAUCAUCUUGGAUGUAUGAUGCCACUCACUGAGAACGAAGAUAUGAGUAUGUCGUUCCCAAGUAAGAAGGCAAAGGGGGAACGCCAUUCCCCUAUCGACAUUCUCAAAGAGUGGAAACAUUCACUGGGCCCGUUUUGAAGAGAAAACGGCCACCAAGGUUAUAGAUCAGAACUUUCCAACCAGCAUGUUAUAGUAUAACGCGUUGCUAAAAUAACGAGUUAAGCCUGUCAUUUGCUCACGAAGAUGGAAAUGGUAAUGGAUUUAAGCAACUUCUAAUAUUGGGAGGAGCAUAUGCGAUUGACCGAUCCCUUUAUGAUGUGGUCUUCAUCCACGACGAAGAAGAGCAGCAGCAAGUCUUCCGCUAGAACAGGCUCGAAAGCAUCAAUACUCACCUCCAAAUCUAGCAUUAAGGCUCAACUUUCAUUGGUCAUUGGGGUUGGUCACUGAGAUCGGAGAGGCGACCCCUUUAGAGAACAGAGCAAAAGGGAGGGGAAACAAGUCGUGGAGAGGUGUGGGGCCCUUCCCGUUCAGAGUCAGUGACCAAUGACUGCUGACCUCUAAUAGCCGCAAAGAGUCCGCCACGUCGUCUAAAUCUAGCAGUAAAGAGUCAUCCACGGCGUCUACCUCAUCUCAACGAAGUGGGCGCGGAAAAAACAAAGCAAAGAAUACAGACGCAGCUGAGGACGAAAACAUGGUAUGCUCUCCCGCGCCCCUCGAGAAUCGCGCAGAGAGCAAGGAGUCAACAGCUAGCAACACAGCCGAUGACGACGAGGCGGACUGCGCUAUCUGCUACGGGCCGUACUCACGGGGAGACCACAUACGAAGGCUAAAAUGCGGUAUUAUUAACAGAAUCUAUUUAUCACUUUCUGUGUAAUGAUUCAUGAUUUCCUCUAGCCUUCCAGUUCCAGAAUGACAAGAACCUCUUCAGGUCAUACGUUUCAUGUAGCGUGUGUGGAUACGUGGCUCUUAGGACACCAGAAUAAAUGUCCCUUGUGCGGUUUCGUAGUUGGGCCACACUUCCUCGACGAUGAGGAGGAGGAGGAAGACGACACCUAAGAAAUGGCUCAGCAGGCCGUUGCGAAGCAUGUUCACUUCACCGCAGGAGCCAUCUUUUCCCAUUAUUGAGAGGCAAUUUCCCCAACCCGCCUGUACAUCGAAAAAAAGUGCUCUAUUUAUUUAAGUAAAAGAAUUAUUUUUUCACCCAAGAUGAUAUUAGAGGUAAUCUUUUCAUCCCCGCCUGAAGAAAAGGAUUACGAUCCCAAUAGUCGUGCUAUCCUUCCCGUUCCCCAUCCUAAUCGUUGUGGUAUUUACGAUCGAUGUGCAUCAACUUUGACGCUGCUGCAUUUUUUAUUUGGGAAUCACUGCUGUCAACCGAGGAAAUGUAGAGGCUGCAUAGUACAUUUUAAAAGAUGAUUUCAAAUUCAAAUUUCGAUGCAACACAAUUCAAGAAUAUGGGCAUGCAUGAGCAGGUGCAUCUUCUUUAAUAUACGUCACUAUGCUAAAAUCAAAUUCAAAUUCCUGCUAUUCUUUCCAUUCAAAUAUCACAGGAGCGUUGCUUGGGCGUCGUUUCCAUAGCCUUGAUCUUCUGAUGUUGAUCAACAUACGAUAUUAUACAUAAUCUUGAAGCUCCUAAUUACUUAAGUCUAACAGUCUUCUACAUCUAAACCUCCCGGACACUUAUUUUCGAAAAAUUGCCCGUCAUCCACCCACAUUUGUCGAGUCUGUGUCCGCUGUGUCAUCGCAUGCACACUAUGAGACGCACCAGCAUCUGUGCAGUUUCUAUAAUCCUUAUCUUUUGUCAUUCAAAAAUAUUUAUCGCUUUAUUAUUGUGCACUAGAAUCGAUACAUCAGGAUUGUCCCUGUCCUGUCCUCCGUGAAGUGAGGCGGGGGCCCCGGAUGAAUAACUGAAAUUGGAUGUCAGCAACGUCCUUAACAGUUGUGAACGCUUGUUUCGUCGUAGAUGAGCCCACUCCUAUCCACCUAGCCUGUCAUCUACAGGAAGAAGCGUCUACA